AUGUCGAGAAUUUACGUUGGACGUCUUUCGAGUCGCGCUUCUGAUCGGGAUAUUGAACAUUUCUUCCGCGGUUAUGGAAAACUCGUCGAUAUUAUCAUGAAAAACGGAUUCGGCUUUGUUGUAAGUUCAAUGUUCAGUGAUAAAGACACGGUGGUAUUUUGAAACAUUUUGGUGGUAUUUUGAAACAUUUCAUGAAUAAUACAUUUUCAGGAGUUUGCCGAUGCUCGCGAUGCCGAUGAUGCUGUACAUGAUUUGAAUGGAAAAGACUUGUGUGGUGAACGUGUCAUUUUGGAGUUCCCACGCAGAAAAGUUGGCUAUAAUGAAGAUCGUGAACGAGGAAGUGGAGGAGGAUUCAAUGGACGUGGACGCGAGCGCGAACGUGAGCGCGAUUCAGGACGUAGAGAAUUCUCGAGCCGUUAUGGAAGACCAUGCUCAACUCGAUUCCGCCUUGUCAUUGAAAAUUUGUCAACCAGAUAUACUUGGCAGGUACGUUCCAGCGUGAUUCAUAUAUUUCAUUACUAACUAACUAAAAAUUGAUCGUGUUCACCUUUUCAAAAUUUAAUGUUUUGUGAUACAGCCGCACAUUGCGUCAUUCAAUCAAAUCUUUUGGUAAUCGCAUUCAAUCGAAUUUCAAACAAACAACCCAAACAAUUGUUUCCCAAUUGCACAUUUGUGCCGAGCUGCUAUUGACAUUGCUCAAGAAUUUUGCAUCUUAAAAGCCAAACUUGCAUGAAAUCAAGUGCCAAUUUUUUUUAGGAAAUCAAGGAUCACAUUCGUCGCAUGGGAAUCGAGCCCACAUACUCUGAAGCUCACAAGAAAACAUUGAAUGAAGCGUAAGUUUUGAACGUUACCAAAUUUAAAAUUAAAAUGGCAAUAAGUAAUUUUUCAGGCUCGUCUGCUUCUCCACUCACGACGAUCUUCGUCGUGCUCUUGACAAAUUGCAAGGAGAAGAAUUGAAUGGAAGAAAAUUGAGAUGUAUAGAUGAUACUCAAGAAGAUCGUUCUCGCUCUCGCUCAAGAAGCCGCAGCCGUAGACGUUCGCCAUCUCGUUCACGCAGUCGUUCUCGCUCUCGCAGCCGUUCACCACCUGGCAGAUCUCGCUCUCGCAGCGCUUCGCCUCGUCGUGGAGGCGGUGAUAGACGCGGAAGAAGCCGCUCGCCCAGAAGAUCACGCAGCCCAUCACCACGUGGAGAAAAUCGUUCGCCAUCUAGAUCGCUUUCACCAAAGAAGGAAAGAGCAUCGCCACGCGACUCGAGAUCUCCAUCACCAUCCCGUUAA